CCCAACAUGUUCGACAACAACAUCAACAAUUACGUGCUGAAGGUGGAGCUGGCGAAAUGUUUCGACAAUCGCGGUACGGUAUAUUUGGCCCAGCACCGGCCCACCAAGAAGCAUGUUGCGAUGAAAAAAUUCCUCGUAGAAGAUCUCAAGAACGACAUCAGCUUCGUGAUGGAUGAGGCAAAGCAACUGCGAGAGUUCGAUCAUCCUAACAUACUGAGCUACCACACGAUGUUCGUAAACUAUCUCGAUCUGUACUUUGUCCUGCCGCUGAUGUGUUACGGUUCGUGUAAGGACACGAUGAGCAACUACUUCGAAACUGGCUUCCCCGAACCGAUCCUCGUCUGCAUUCUGCGCGACAUCCUGCAAGGGCUGGUGUAUCUACACUGGAAAGGUUACAUCCAUCGUUCGCUACGAGCGAGCCAUGUCUUCCUGAACGAAACGCGUGCUGUGAUUGGUGGCUUUCGCGUCUGCACCAGCAUUCUUGGUGAGGGAAAACGCAUACGCACCCUGCACGAUCUGCCACCCCAUUCGGUGAAAUCGUUGAACUGGCUUGCGCCGGAAGUACUGGCACAGAAUCUUAUCGGUUAUACAGAGAAAUCAGACGUGUACAGUUUGGCGAUGACGGCGUACGAGAUGGCAAAUGGUGCCGAACCGUAUUACAACAUCACGGCCACCCUCAUACUGGCGGAAAAGCUGAAGGGAGGCGUCUAUUUGCCGAUGCUGUUGGAUGCAACGACCGUACCAAACGAGGACGGACCCUCGAAUGAGCCGAUCACACCGUUACGGCAGAUUUACGUUUCCCGACAGUUUUCCGAUGCUUUGCACAACUUUGCCGAAAGGUGCUCGGAACGAGAUCCGAAGAACCGGCCCAGUGCAUCCGCCUUAUUGUCACACCCGGUGUUCAAGCUGGUCGCAAAUACCAACAUUAAGGAACAAUUUGCCCAGCACUGCAUACAGAAGGUGGACUUUGACUCAAUUCAAGAUUCAGACAUCAAUCUGCAGGACAGCUUUUCACAGAUGCGCGUCGAAACCGGUAGCUCCUUCGAGUGGGACUUUGACGAUUCGUAACGGUGGG